UAGAAAGACGACACCAUGGGGAGCGGACUGUCAACAGACUCGCGAUCAACGGGUAAUUCCGGUUCACAAUCAAACCCAGGACUUCUGCUUCUUUCAGAUCUUGUGAAUAAACAAUAUCCGUUUGAAAAUCUCGUUUUCGAAGGAUGCGGGACCAAAGCAUUUGCUUACGUUGGAGCCAUUAAGGUCCUCGAAAAAAUUGAUGCUCUUUCUAAAAUCAAGCGAUUUGCUGGUGUCGGCACUGGUGCUGUUGUAGCUUGUCUGUUGGCUGCAGGCUUCGACUGCUGCGCUCUGCGAGACUCGCUCAAACAACACUUGGAAAAUGUACUUACUGCCAACCAGUGCAGCAAUAAGGGUCAAGUGAAUGAAUUACUUCAUAAGUUUGGUUGGAAUUCCGGCAAUAAAUUCCUUGAUUGGUUGGGGACUCUUCUGAAGGAGAAAUACGAAAACGCCGAUAUAACGUUCCAAGAGCUUUAUGAGAAAACCGGCAAGGAGUUGUGCAUCGUAGUUCUGAAUCUAAACCGAAUGCGAGAAGAGUACUUUCACUGCAAGACCACACCUACUACCGCUAUCCGUUGGGCAGUUCAAAUGUCCAUAAGUGUUCCUGGUCUUUUUCAACCCCUUACAUUCAACGCUGGAAAAUCGCGCAGAAACUAUUACUUAGAUGGUGGAAUUCUCUGCAAUUACCCCAUUCAUUGUUUUGAUGGUUGGUGGCUUUCAAUGGAACCCGGGGAAAAAGUCCCUCACAAAUAUCGACCAACUUCUGACUUGAAGACUUUGAUUCGAGAACGCUUCUCUAGAUACAACUCGAAAACCAUUGGAUUCGCACUGUUUGACGAUUACCACUACCAUGAUGAAGUGGACAUUGAAAUGAAACGGAGACUAGAUCAAACUAAAGCAGUGGUUCCUAUACCAGCGACCAAACUUGGCAGAAAAUACAAAGUUGAUAUAGAAAAUGAGAAUAAAUUGAAAGAAUUGUUUAAGACCUUUCCAGAAGCUACCAAAAAGCUUGAAACUGUUUUGGAGACAAUUAAAAAAGGUGAUGAUAAUCUAGUGUCGGUUGUUCGAUUAGUAAAGGAAUUUACUGGGAAGAAAUCUAAUUUCACUCAGUCUGACAUCGAAGCAUUGUUUGGGAUUGAAAAGAACAAAGACCAGUGUUCGAAACUACUGAAGAAUGCCAGUACCAAGGAGAUGAUCUCAACUAUUGACAUGCUGCAUCUUCUUGAUAAGACGAGCCGCUUUCUCUACAAUCCCAACAAGCGUACAUCAAGAACUGAAGUUAAGAGUAUAUUUUCAUUCUGGGGUGCAAUCAAUGGUGUUGCGCAUGCAAACAGUAAAUUAUUGAAAGAGAACUUGAUGCGUACCAUUGGUAUUUACACUGGUCAUGUUACUAGUGACGAUGUUCAACUUGAAGAAGAUGACGAAACUUACCUUUUUCAGCAAGGAUGGAACAGUACAGUAACUUUCUUGCGUCAACUACAGAAGCAAUAGUACCGCGUUAACUACAAAAUUGGCAACGACUAUACCUUAUCGAUCGGCUGCUCCCGGAACACGAAAUCGUCAAUUCUACUGUGUUGGAAUGUUAAUUUUUGCUCGCUUCUUGGCUGUUAUUGCUUUCGCAAAAUUGUUUUUGCUCGUUAGUUUACCUUUUUAUUGAAAUAAAACUUCUUAAUCGCUA